AUGCUUGUUUCUCUAGUGCCUGUCAUCCUGCAGAAUCCCGAAGUGCAUUCCAAAGUUGACCUGCCUAUUAAAGGGAAUGUGGCCGUGAACUCCGCCAUCCCUAGAACCAACAGCCAACUGCGACCAGACAUCAUCAUCACCAAUGAGGACCAGAAGAAGAUCAUGAUGGUGGACGUCACAGUGCCCUUCGAGAACAGGACUCCAGCCUUCUGCAACGCCCGAGCUCAAACUGUGGAGAAAUACGCCCCUCUGGCUGACACCUUAAGAGCUGGGGUUACCAGGUUCAGACAGACACAUGCAAUGAUCGUUGGCGUCCAUGGAGCACAUGGGACCCCACACACAGCUCCCAGCGAGCAGACCCGGCUGCCUUGGCGGUCCCCUCCCCUGGCUCUGACGGCUCCCCUGCGGCACGCGGGCUGGAUGUGGAGAAUGUUCCCAGAGGGGAGGGGAGCCCGGUUUCGGUUUCUCUCUCUCAGCUGCUUCUCUGUCACGCUCAGUCGACACAAGCGCCACAAGAACUGCAAGAAGCGGAGCAGGCCAGCGCCUCAGGACUGCAGGAGGCCCCAGCUGUCCCAUUACAAGGCAACUUACACCCAGCCGCCAAACGUGCAUCCUCGAAGCAGCAAGAGGCCGCUCCGCACCCCUCCACACCCCAACCCCCCGGCCAUGGCCUUCAACACCACGCAGCGGGCAGAGUUCAUUCCCUGGGAGCCGGGCCAGAGGACCAAGCCGCAUGUCCGGGAGGCGUAUCAGUGCCCACAGGAGCCCUUUCAAAGCCAGAGUCUGUACCGCCUCCACUUCCCACCCAGGGAGCCGGUCGUGACCACCCUCCGGCGGCCCCCGACUCCCAGGCAGCCCUACAGCUCCGGCUUCCCCCACACCACCACCACCAAGGAGAGCUACAAAGGAUGGCGAGCGGAACGCCCAGCCUGCUAUGGAGAACCGCCAGCCCUGGCAGGCGCUCUCCUGUCCCCUGACCGGGCAGCCGAGAUGGAAAGCACCACGCAGCGAGAGUUCACUGAGAAACGCAUCCCCAAACCGGAGCUGGUCAAAGGCCUCCAGGCUCAGCUCACCAUUGAAGGUGAUCAUGACAUGACGACAACCCACCAGAGCACCUACCAGUCUGUGCCCUUGGAGAAGCGGGUAGCCCAGUCACGCGGUAAAGGAAUAGUGCCAGCAGGGAAACGAGCCCAGGUGGAAUACAUGACCAAGUACCAGAGUGAUUUCGCAGCAUGCAGCUUGUUACCUGCACGGAUUCGGCCUGCUCAGCCUCCUCUGGACAACCUGGCAAUCAACCAGGGCUUCAGCACAGAUUUUCAGACGGUGCAGAGGGAAAGCUACCAUGGCUGGGACACCCGCAGAUACCCUCGUGCCAGCCCCAUCAAGCUGAAAGAGGAGCUGGCAGACUUGGGGAAAGAGAGGGAUGGAAAAGUCAGUGGAGACACGGUGACCAAGCUCUCUUACCCUCCUCUGCCCUUGGACAGGCCUCCGGGGACUAUCCAGUGGCCCCCCACAGUGUCGAGAUCCCUCCCUGCAAAGUUUGACGAUUCCACAGCCCACAAGUUCUUCUUCAGAGAGUGGAGAGUCCAGCCCCGGAUCCGGCAAGGUGACCCCCACGAUGGAGUCUACAUCCAACCUCUGGCCAAGUUUGAAAGCCAAACUACCACACACAGCACGUUCCAGCCCCAGAGAGCGGAGAAGGUGAAGAACUGCAAACCAGAGCAGAAACCCAUCCGAGCACAGGGAAAGCAGGAUUUCUCCACCAUCCAUAGGGAGUCUUACAGGCCAAUCCCACUCCCAGUCUGUCGUUUGCAAAUGUACUUGAUCCAGCAACAGCAGCAGGGAAGAGAAACAAUGAAUUCUCUUGUGCCCGUUAAAGCCUGA